AUCCAAGAACCCUUGAUUUCUGGUAGCCCUUAAUCAAUAUGAUUCAGCGUAAAGAAUCUCAAAAAUGUCUUCGACAAUCCCAACUACCCAUUUGAAAUUCAAACCCCCAAAUCAUUUUCUUAAACCCCCGCUGCAUAAUAAUAAUAAUCAUCAUAUCCCAAAUGCCCAGCGCCGAGAGCAUUCGUCCUCGAGCUGGGAAUCCCAUGCUAUGCCGCUGCAAGUUUUCUUUGCUGACAACAAGGGCCUCCGGUGAUGGCGGUGGUCAAGCUGAAAUCUUUUCUGCCAAAAAAGUAUCUUCAGCUUCUGAUGUCGAGACACUGAAGGACAUCUCAUCGAGCUCGUCAAAUGAUGGUUAUGUAUCUUUGUUUAUUCGCAUGCUCGGUUUAGACAAAGAUCCUCAAGACAGAGAGCAAGCUGUUGUUGCUCUAUGGAAGUACUCGCUCGGUGGAAAGCAAUGCAUUGAUAACAUUAUGAAAUACCAUGGAACAGUCAAUCUAAUCGUGAACCUUCUAAAAUCGGAUUCGGAUUCCGCAUGUGAAGCAGCUUCAGGUCUUCUGAGGGCGAUAUCGUCUAUUAAUCUGUUUAGAGACUUUGUAGCUGAGAGCGGCGCAGUAGAAGAAAUGACUGCCUUGUUGACACGUUCCGCCUUGUCGUCUGAUGUGAAGGAGCAGACGAUAUGUACUCUGUGGAAUUUGUCUGUAGACGAGAAGCUUAGUGCAAGAAUUACAAACUCCGAGAUACUUCCGUUACUUAUCUCGUACUUGGAGGAUGAAGAUAUGAGAGUCAAGGAACCCGCUGCUGGAGUUUUGGCUAAUUUAACAUUGACUAAGUCGAAUCAUAAUUUAAUCGUUGAGCUUGGAGUUAUUCCGAAAUUGGCGAAGAUUUUGACGGCUGACGUGGAAGAAUCUAAAGUCGUAAGGAAGGUAGCACGGAAUGCAUUAUUGGAACUCGCGAAAGACGAGUAUAAUAAAAUACUUAUCAUGGAGGAAGGUUUAGUUCUGGUUCCGUUAAUCGGUGCUGCAGCCUACAAAUCUUUCAGACCAGCUUUAUAUUCAUGGCCAUCUUUGCCCGACGGUACAAAGAUCGAACAGAGCUCGAAAAUUCCUUCAAGAUACGGUGCUUCAGAACUUCUGCUCGGAUUAAACAUCGACACCAAAGAUGUCGACUUAGAGGAGGCAAAGAAGAAUGCCGUAAUUGGGCGAACGCAGCAGCAGUUUCUUGCACGUAUAGGAGCUAUUGAAAUCGAAGAUGGUCCUAAAUCGGACAGCGAAUCGUCCUCUGUCCAAAGGUUGACCACGCUUUUGCCGUGGGUGGAUGCCGUUGCUCGUUUGGUUUUGAUUCUCGGACUUGAAGAUGAGUCGGCUAUUGCAAGAGCUGCUGAGUCGAUUUCUGAUGCUUCGAUCAGCGAACAUAUGCGCGUCUCGUUUAAAGAACGCGGUGCAAUCAAGCAUCUUGUUCAUGGAAUAUUAAAAAAAUGGUUUAUGCUAAUAUUUUUGGAAAUGUUGUGGUCCAGCAAUCACGUUUGUCAGACAAUUGAAGCGGAAGGUGUUUUAAAACCUCUCGUAAAUCUGCUGAAGCAGUCAAAUUCGGAGACCUCUCACAGCUUGACUUCAAUGAUUAUAGAUAUUCUUGCUCGGAUUUUAGACCCUAGCCGCGAAAUGGCCUCGUCAGAACUUACCUCCAGCACACAUGCCAAUGCUGAAGGAGUCCUCGCUGAUUCGACUUUCCUCUCUUGCCUUGUGGAUAUCUUGAAGACAUCAAACCCUAAUUUGCAGACGAAAGCUGCUUCCAUACUAAACUUCAUUUUCACGAACAAGCCUUGUAUCGAAAAGCUCAUCUCUUCCGACAUUCAAUCUGGUCUCGAAGCAGUUUUUCAACAGAAAUCUUUAUUAGCAGAAACGGAGUACGAUACAGAAGUGAAUAUCCUUGAACUGGAAGAAGCAGGUGCAGCAGUAUCUGCAGCAUCCCGUUUACUAACAAAACUGCUCGACCACCAACAGUUUCAUCAAACAGUGAAUUCAUACAAUUUCACGCAGUUACUUCGCGCAAUCCUCUCAUCGAGAAUUCCUCUCCAGUUCAAGAAUUGGGUGGCCGCAUGCCUGGUCAAACUCGGCGCUCUAUCAAACCGCCACCUGGACAUUGAGGAUCCGAUUAACAUGGAGGUGACACUCUACGAAACGAUUCCGAGGCUGAUACAGCAGAUCAAAGGGUCGCUGUCGCAGCAGGUGCAGGAAGCUGCUGUGGUGGAGCUGCAGAGGAUAAUUUCCCAAGGGGUGGUUGACUCGACAAGAGCCGUUGCUUCCGAGGGAGGGAUAUUUGUACUCGUGGAGGUGUUGGGAAACGGGAGUAGUAAGGCUGUGGAGGCGAGUCUAGGUGUGCUGUAUAAUUUAAGUAUGGAUGAAGAGAAUCAUGCCGCGAUUAUAGCUGCUGGAGCGGUUCCGGUUUUGAGGAAACUUGUUAAUUCGCAAAAACCGGACUGGAUGCUUGCUCUACGUUUGCUUAGAAACCUACCUACUUAAAUGAUUUUAUUAUUUUUUUUAUUAUCAUUUUAUUGAAGCCUGAUAUUAUAUGUUUUUGAUAGUUUGAUCAGUCAUAUAUAUAUAAGGGACUUGUACCAAUAUGAAGCCAAAUUUGAAGCAAAAUUGCUAAAAUUGCAGAUUGUAUGUUAUAUUAUAGUUAAUCCAGACUUGUAGUUAU